CCAUAACUUCCAUAACGUGUAAAGCAAUUAGGUUGCAGCGCGGAAACCAGUCUAACUCGCUCAGAAUCAAACACAGUAUAAUUUGAGUUGUGUCGACCUUAUGGAAGAUGUUUCUGUCCCUAUGGCUCUAUUUAUUUAUGUGUUCUUAAAGCUCGGUAAGGCCAAUUAUUUCACCCGGGCUGAUUCCUCCUUCGCAUCCUGGAUAUCGAGUUCCCACCGUGGACCUCGCAGCCAUGACGUCAUUCAAGCGCGAGAGAAAACGCCCGGAGACAACCCAGCGCGAGGCAGAGAAGCCGUCACAGCAUAGAUUUGGACUCCUCGCCGCCUUGACUGGAUCUAUAGCUCUCACCUGCUGCAUGGAGACAUCUUGAGCGAGGAAAAGGAGACAGCGUCAGGUUCCGACCCAGCCGGUAUUUGGAAUGGAACUUAAUUUGUCCAAGAAUGUAAUCUCUUGCGCCGAUCAAGGUGGGAUGAAUUUGGACCGAAUUGGAGAGCCCGUGAGACCCCGUGACAUGGCCACUUUUCACUUGCCGAGAACGAGCAGCGCGCGGGAUGCGUUAGAGAAUUCGAGCUGCGAGUCAUCGGACACAGAAAUCGCAGAAAAAGAGCGGAACGCUGAGCACCGCAGCGACGAUGGACAUGCGGAUGACCCGAAGAAAAAGAAGCAGAGGCGGCAACGGACACACUUCACGAGCCAGCAGCUGCAAGAGCUCGAGGCCACCUUUCAACGAAACCGCUACCCAGACAUGAGUACGCGAGAGGAGAUUGCAGUGUGGACUAACCUUACAGAAGCUCGAGUGCGGGUGUGGUUCAAAAACCGCAGGGCCAAGUGGCGAAAGCGCGAGCGCAACCAGCAGAUGGACCUGUGCAAGAACAGCUACCUGCCGCAGUUCAGCGGCCUCAUGCAGCCCUACGAGGACAUGUACCCGGCGUACACUUACAACAACUGGACGAACAAGGGCCUGGCACCAGCCCCGCUUUCCACCAAGAACUUCACCUUCUUCAACUCCAUGAGCCCGCUGACUAGCCAGUCCAUGUUCACCACGGCGCCCAACAUCUCCUCCAUGACUAUGGCGUCCGGCAUGGGACACUCGGGGGUGCCAGGCAUGCCCACGGCGGCCGGCCUCAACAACAUUAGCAACCUUAACGGCAUCGGGGGCUCGACCAUCAACUCGGCCAUGACGUCAUCGACCUGUCCCUAUGGUCCGCCGGCCUCGCCCUACAGUGUCUAUCGAGACACGUGCAACUCCAGCCUGGCGACCCUCAGACUGAAAUCCAAACAGCACCCAACCUUUGGAUACAGCGGACUGCAGAGCCCAGGCUCCAGCCUCAACGCGUGCCAGUAUAACAGUUGACAAAUUAAAGGCUGUCUAAAAUAAUGUGUGCGAGUGUGUGUGCGCGUGUGACCUUCGGAGACCAGCACCUGCGCGUGGGGGCAGAAAAGACAACUAAACUGGAUUAGUUGCAAUCGACUCUUUUCAUUCAGAUGGAUUAUGCGGGUUGUAUGUGUUUACCAAAUGAACUUGCACAGCAAUUUAAAUAUCCAUUAUUUGGAUUUCAAAGUGAAGACGUGUUACAUUGCAACUUUGUACAUACUAUUAUAAACACAAAAGACCUUUUGAGCAUCGUGCAGGUGCUCAAGAUGAAGACAAAAUAUCGUAUUUAAAUCUCUCUCUCUCUCCCUUUUUCUGUUGGAAAAACAAAUUGUUGAACGGGAAACACCUGUUUUUGGGAGCCUUCGCGGUGGUAGAGCGAGUUGCCCGUGUGUGUUUCUCAUACGCUGCCAUGACCAGGAAUGGGCUGCAGCAAUCUCGCCUCUACCGGCAGUCGGCCUCUAGGUGAGCGUCAAGCCUCUGGCUUUCGGUAGUUUUUCCUUGCUUGGUUAUCUGGAGAUUUCCCUUGUGGCUGAUUGUAUUGUUCAUGAUGAUGAUAUUGGUAUCAGUGUCGUUUUUUGUCCUUGCAGUUGUUGUUUAUUUGCUUCCGUAGAUAAAUUGCAUGCUUAUCUUGAGUGCAAAGUCUUUUGUAAAUUGAUAUUAUUAUAUUUGUGUAAAAGCAGAAGCAAGCACGUCCUUUAUACCGAUGUAACUAAAAGGUGAUUGAAACAUACUCAAGUGUUUAUGGUAAUACGUUUGAAUAAAGUACGGCAGAAGGCGUCAA